AUGGCAUCACGUCUAGCCAGAAGCGCUGCAGGCGCUGCUCGUCUCCGACCAGCUUUCUCCCCACGUACCCUCCCAGCGAUCACCACAUCCCUCACGAGCUACCGAUCGUCAUCGACUGUCCCAGCGGAGGAUCCCAAGAAAAAGGCUCAAUCUCUGCUCGAUUCGCUACCAGGAAACUCGUUGAUCUCCAAGACCGCGAUCCUUUCGUCCACAGCCUUUGCCUCGAUUUACGCCAUCAGCAACGAAUACUAUGUCGUUAACGAGGAGACAAUUGUCGCGAUCUGCUUGUUGAGCAUCUGGACCGCAGUCUUCAAGUAUGGUGGACCCCUGUACAAGGAGUGGGCGGAUGGACAGGUCAACAAAAUUAAGGACAUCUUGAACGCUGCUCGGGCCGAUCACACCGAGGCCGUGAAGACCAGAAUUGAGAGUGUCCAACAACUGGGAAGCGUGGUUGAUAUCACCAAGACUCUCUUUGAGGUUUCCAAGGAAACCGCUCAACUCGAAGCUAAGGCGUACGAGCUCGAGCAAACCACCGCCCUUGCUGCUGAGGCCAAGGCUGUCCUGGAUUCGUGGGUUAGAUACGAGGGACAGGUCAAAAUCCGUCAACAGAAGGAGUUGUCGGAGUCUAUUAUUGCAAAGAUCCAAAAAGAGCUUGAGAACCCCAAGAUUCUUCAACAAAUCCUGCAACAGAGCGUGACGGACGUUGAGAAGAUCAUUCAGUCCAAGGCGCAAUAG